UUUGAGUCCUGCACACCAGCACCAGGCAGGUGCGCGGCACAAAGCUUGCCACACGUAUGAUCAACCCAGACCAGCGAGCGGCCUGACAGCUCGACGAAGGAGCAAGGCUGCAAAGGCACGCACACGUCAUUCAUUAUUGAUCCUUGACGGACCACCAGAAUGAUGGCGCACUCAAGCUUGCUUGUCCACGUUGGCCCACGGACACGCGUACCGACGCAGUCUUGGCAACUGCGAGGUUCUGCCACGAAAGAGCGCCAUAGAGGACUGUGGUAAGGGCGAGCAGGCCGCGGGAGGGGCGGGCAUCAGUCCGAGAGCUAUGUCAUCACUGCAUGCUCCGGCGGCCACCCCGAUUUGCGCUCAAUUACGAACUGAGUUUGGCCAUCCCAUUCAUCUUCCAGGCUUGGCCUCUCGAUCUCGGAAAGCUACUCGACUGACAUUCACGCCUCAUCGAGUCACAGUCCAUAUGACCUUGCAUGAGCGUCAUGUGAAGGUCGAUGCGGAGAAGACGUCAGAUACCGAGCCUAUCGCGAAGGUGAUCGAGAAAGCCGAAGCUGUGCACGACAAUCAAGAUUCGACUCAUUCAAAUGCAGCCACGCGUCCUGUUUGACCAAAUUCACGAACGGCAUGACUAUCCCCGUGCAUGGCUGCGUGGGCCUGCCAUCGGCAGGCAAGUUGCGAGAAGUCCGUGCGCGCAAUCGCUACUGGAAAUGCAUGCUAGCGGUACUCUGAGCACAACAAGAUACGCUGUUGCAGGAAGUAGCUUCCGGCACAGUCGUGAGUAAGAGUGA